AUGCUUAAUCGUGAAAGUGAUGAGGACGAUGUCAAUGAUUCACUAUCCAAAAGUGGAAAUAAAGGAUAUUGGAGAAACCAUAAAGACAACAUAAUACUAAAACAUGGAAAGAAACAUCGCUCUUGCUCCAAACGUGGAAAAUAUCACUCUAAAGGUCGAGGACAUGGGAAGAAACAUCACUCUAAAUGUCGAGGACAUGGGAAGAAACAUCAUGAUCAUAAUCAUGGCAAUCAUUAUAAUCGGGAACGCGACAAUCACCGUCAUCGAGAUCGUUACCAUCAUCGUAAUCGGGACCGUGAUGAUCAUCGUAAUCGGGAUCGUCAACCAGACGAACGACGUGAUCAUGAAAAUGAUAAUAAAGAAGAGUACGCCGCCCAUCCAGAUUCUUCAAGCCGAAACCGUGAAAAACCCUGGAAAAUUCAUGAAAGAAAUAUCGAUGAGUGGUCUAUGAAUCGGCGAAAGGACCAUAGGCGAACAAUUGAAUUUAAAGAUGACUAUCCCAGUUUUGAAUCGAAGGGAAGCAAUAGCGGAAAUAUUGAACCUUAA